AUGGGUAAUAUAUUCAGAAGACAAGCACCAGUUAGUUAUCCAGGAUAUGGCGGAGAAUUUGGUGGCGGUUAUGGUGGAAACUAUGGCGGUGGUGGCUAUGGUGGUGGUGGUGGUGGUGGUGGUGGUUAUGGUAGUGGGGGUUAUGGUGGUGGAGGACGAGGAGGUGGUGGUGGAUGCCGUGGAGGUCGUGGAGGAAGAGGUGGUGGUUUCUAA